ACAUAGGAAAGGAAUAGGAAAGUAGAGGAACGUGAAGGUAAAAGAAAUAUCUGAAAGGGAAUACAAAGAGAAACACAAUAGGCUCCUGGGGGAAAUAAAGGGAAAGUAUAAUUACAUUAACCACAAAGAAGUAAAUAUGACACUACCCCAACAGUUAGAUAAACACAAAUGCUAACAUUGACCAUUUGAACUAGCAGACAAAAUGAAAUUACAGAUUAAAAAUAAUCAGAUAUGGGGAAAGUUGUUAAAGGUGGAUAGUGAUUAGAAUGUCAACAGAGAUCCUAUAUUCAAAGGAAGGAAAAUAAAUUAUAAUGCAUUAUAUCAGACCUGGAAAGACAGUAUCAAGAAAUAGAGGUAGUUCUCAUACUUUCUAGCACUUGGGAGGCAGGAUGAAAAUGAUAAUGACAAAAAAAACUGAUGGAAAGGUAUAUAUGAUUGAAGCUGAAUACUGGAUGUAAAAGAGGACUAGAAAUCUCAGAGUAGGAGGAUGCACCUAGAUAUUGGUUGGGCUAUGAAAUAAGAUGAACAUAGACUUCAAAUGAAGAUAUCAGUCAGGAUUAGCUGCUGAAGAAAUCUGAGACUCCAAGAGGCUUAUUAUGCAAGAAAAUCUGGUUUAUGUGGGGAGCUAAACAGAAGGAAGAUGAUUUUUUUUAAUGAUGCAAAGCACAAUUGAAUGUAUAUACAAUCAAGCAAGUCAAAGGCAUGAUCCAAUAGGCUGGAAAAUUCUGACCCCCUACAGUGUGCAUGAAUCAAAUAGAAAAUGGAGUUUAGAGAACGUGUCUUUUUAAACGAUAGAGAAAUUUCCUAUCUAAUUUAAAGACUUCAGCAGUGCAGUGAUGGAACUUGGAAUGAAGAUGUCUUCACUGCAAAUAGAUGUUUAGGUAUUAAAAAGGAAGGACAUAACUUGACGCUGUAGAAGAAAGCCAAUACCUAAAGCAGGUGAUGGGGGAAAAAGCAAGGAGAGUACAAUUGAAAAGUGCAUUUCACAUAGAAAAGAAACAGAAACUCUGCUUGUUUAUCACCACUUUGGAAAUAAACCUAAAAGCACAAGAACAAAACUAUCACUCAGCAUUUGGUUCAGCAGUAAGUGCUCUGGAAGGACAGGCGGUGGUCUCAUUGCAAAGCAGCAAAAGUAUGGAACAGGAUUUAGAAGAUGUAGAGCAUGGAAGUACAAGGGAGUCUGAAGGGGCAGUAAACAGUGUUGAAAUGGAGACCUUGAAUCUCAGAAUAAAACAGCUGGAAAAGUCAGAGCAAAAACUGCAAGACAUUUUAGAGGACUACACAAAGUCAAAUUCUGUACUAGGAGACAGAGCAAAGGAGCUGGAACGGUCACAGAAGAAACUUUUUGAAACAGUUGACCAAUUGAAUGCAAAGCUACAGCAGGUAGAAAAUGCAAACCUACGUGUUAAAGGGAAGCUCCGAAACCUUCAGGUGGAACUGACAGAUUUGGUUCAAAGACAAGAAAAGGCAGAAAGAAAACAAAAAGAAAAGCUAUGGCGACUUCAGGGCCAGUUGAAGACAAAAGAGGAUGAAGUAAAGAGUCAGUCAGCAUAUUUUGAGCACUACAAACAAAAGCAGAAGCAGAAGACAGCAGUGUUGAGAGAACAGGAGUUGUCCCUUCGGGGUCAUGUGUCCAGGCUGGAAAAGGAAGUCCUAGAUCUCAAUGCCACUACAGCUUUUCUGUUCUCUGAGCUAGGAGAGGGAACUGUACAAUAUCUCCGAUGCAAACUGGAAGCAGUAUUCAGUGGAAUUCAGGGAUCUUUGCACUUUGAUAUGAAUAUAACUAAAAUAAAAAGUCUUAUUGAAGAUGUGGAUCAUUACAUGAAAAGCCACCUACGGACACUGCAGCAAAAUCUGAAGAGGUUACGGGAAAAAGAAGAAGGUAAUAUUAGAGAACAAGCAGACCUACUAACUAAACUUCAGCACUCCCAGAGCAACGAAGACUUCCUGACAAGGAAAUUUGAGGAAUCUUGCUGUCGUGUUUAUGAGCUGAAAUUGUCUGAGAUUGGCCUUCAGGAGCAAGUGGAGGAACUUAUAGAAGAAAACAGCACUUUAAAGGACAAACUGGAGGCAAAGUUACCAAAAGAAGCAGAAAAGGAGCUAUUGCCUGCAGGAAUGGAAAAUGGAGAAAAUAAAGCUGUAAGUGGUAACUGGGGUGAGCAGCUAAAUCUGAAGAAGGAGGCAGUCUUGGAUCCAGUCAGAAACAAAGCUAGUCAAACUCCAUCUUUUCUACAACAUACCAAACAGUCUCAUACAACAGCAAGUAGGAAUUCUGUUUUAUUUCAGAUGCACUGCUAGUUAUGGAA